UACUGCAGGUGGGCGGGGCUCUUCAUCCGGGAACUACGUCUAACCCCUGAAGUGACCCUGCAGGAUUGCAAACAUGGCGGAGCCCUCCCUCGGGAAUUCGAGCCCAGGAGGUUCAGCGGGUUCCGUUGACCAUGAUUUCGACCCAUCAGCAGACAUGCUUGUCCAUGAUUUUGAUGAUGAACGCACCCUGGAGGAAGAAGAAAUGUUGGAGGCAUCGGAUGAGACCAACGCCAACGAGAUUGAAGAUCUUGCACGGGAGGGAGAUAUGCCCAUUCAUGAGCUGCUGAGUCUGUAUGGUUAUGGUGGCGGUUCACUAGCAGAUGAAGAUGAAGAGGAGGAGGAGGAGGAGGAGGAGGAACCCGAGGACGAAGAGGAUGAAGAGGAGGAGGACGAGGAGGAAGAGGAUUUAGACAACAAUGAAAGCAGUCAAAGGACUGGCGAGUUAAAAAGAAAUGAGGGUGAGGGUGUUAAGAUCUCGUCGGGACAUAGGGAUGAGGACCAGGCAACCUCUGAGGUUCGCACACGCUCAGUCAGGUCCCUAGGCACAGCAGAACUCAUUCGCCCACAGAAACUCAAGUACUUUGAAAGUAAUAAUGAUGCAGAGGGGGAGUCAGAUGAAGAUGAGGACUAUGUUCCGUCAGAAGACUGGAAAAAAGAAAUCAUGGUGGGUUCCAUGUAUCAGGCAGAAACUCCUGUUGGCCUGUGUAAAUAUAAAGACAAUGAAAAAGUUUAUGAAAAUGAUGACCAGUUGUUGUGGAACCCCGAGUGUCUUCCUGAAGGGAAAGUGGUAGAGUUCUUGACAGAGGCAACAAGGAGGACAGGAGAGGAGAAGGGGGUGGAUGCAAUCCCAGAGGGAUCCCAUAUCAAAGACAAUGAACAGGCAUUGUAUGAACUAGUGAAAUGUGACUUUGACACAGAGGAAGCUUUAAGAAGACUUAAGUUUAAUGUAAAAGCAGCCAGAGAGGAGCUAUCUGUCUGGACUGAAGAGGAAUGUAGACAUUUUGAACAAGGACUAAAAGCUUAUGGGAAAGACUUUCAUUUGAUACAGGCCAACAAGGUGAGAACUAGGUCUGUAGGAGAAUGUGUGGCCUUUUAUUACAUGUGGAAGAAGUCUGAGCGUUAUGAUUUCUUUGCACAGCAAACCAGACUUGGAAAAAGGAAAUACAACCUUCACCCUGGUGUCACCGACUACAUGGACAGAUUACUGGACGAGACUGAGAGCGCCACGUCCAGCAGGGCGGCGUCGCCUCCUCCCACCACCUCCAGCAGCAGCGCCAGCCACUCGGAGAGGGAAGACGGCAGCAGUCAGAACGGUAUCGCAAGCCACAAUUCAAACCACCCAGUGGACGGCGCUCCGUUGCCCCCAGUAAAUCAAGGCACGCCCGAGUCCGUUCAGUCCAACGGUCCCUCCAUUCCGUUAGUGGAAGCUCCUCCGCCCAUCUCAGACAACAGCUCCAAUGGCUGCAGCCAACCCAGUGCACCCGGCCACGACCACAAUGGUUCUCUGGAGUCUCCACCGGAACACAGAGACACGGCAACAGCACACGAAAGGCCGGCCAAGAGAUGCAGGACAGAGGCAGAGCCAUUAGGCCAAAGUGAGGUGGAAGCAUCCAGAACACAGGAGGACUGAAGGAUACACAGUUACGUAAUGUAGACUAAUAGACGCUGAAUUGGGCGAGAAAUUUUCCCUUCUUCCCCGUUUAUGGGCAGAGGAAAAGGGUGAAGAGGAUGAGGUAAGAUGGGCUUCUCUUGGCCCGCAAGCGUAGUAUCUCCUAAGAGCAGACUCACUCUUUGAUAAGGUCAAAGGUCACUGAAAAUCACACCUUAAAGAACACAGCCAACCAAACUGCAGCUGGUCGUCCAGGAGGGGCAGUGGUGUCUCCCCGCCCCUCCACCCCCUCCAUGUCCUGACUGCCUGCAGAGCUCAUUCCAAAGUACCACAGCUCCACCAUGUCCUACAAAAUAUCUUCUACCAAUCGUCUUUAUUCCCUUUUUUGGAGACAGACUAACAACGUUUUGCCAAGAAUUUCCUUCGUCUAUUUGUACUCAAAGAAAAUAAAUCGCCUGUGAUAUUUUUAUACACAAGAGAUAUUUAUAUUUUUUAACAAAAGAAAAACUAUGAUAGGUAACUGCUGUUUAGGCUAUUUGAACAUUUGAUGAAAUGGGAGAGGUUUUAAACGAUUCAUGUGCUCGAAUUGUUAAAAAAAAACAGCAAAGUAGGCAAACACAGGAUGAGUUAGGCUGGUGCUGUCGCUCGCUCUCUUGAGUUGCACUUUGAUUGUAUGUUCCUCCUCAUUAUUGAUAAGGAGUGGUGUCGAAACCCAGCAGAAUAACAUUUUCACUCCUCUUGUGGCUGUUUGUUGGAUUCUGAUGAAUAAACCAAUGGGUUAGUCCCCCCGCUGGCUUGUUUGUGUAAAGCAGCUGACAUCAGUGAUGUCCUCUAUUAUAACUCAUGUAGAAGAUCGCUGUAUUUUUGGAUUUUCAUAGUCAGUGCUUUGCUCAAUGCUUUGUUUUUAAUAGGCAGAAAGUCCGUGAUUUUUAAUGUAAAGUUUGUAUAGAUUUCUUACCUUGAGAAGUUGGUACAUUUUUAUAACUGUCUGUUCAUCUGUAUGUUCUGGUCUUCCUUACAGGCUGGGCUUUUUGUUGUGAAAUCGUUUGCCCUGUUGCUCAGAGAUGGUUGUUAU